CUAAUGUAAUUGAUUUCUUACAUUUUUGUGAUCAUUUUGUUAAUGACAGAUUUCCUCGUGUACUUGUCAUACCAUUUCAGAUUUCAUAGUGGCAUCUGGAAAAGUUGAUGAGGUGCCAGGUGCUACUCCUGUUCUCAAGUCUGAGAUUAUGGCUGAGGUGGAUGCAAUUUUAGAGCCACUCCUCCAACUUCCACAUGGUCCUCCUCUCAUCCAGCGUGCAUUGUUUUUCUAUCACCGACAGCUGCUACAAAAGCUUUCUAUUUGUUGAUUCUGUAACUAUGGCCAAUGAUGUUCAACUGGCUGCCCUUUUUUCCUGGAGUUGAUCCGAAAGGUGCUAUUAAUUCCGAGUGCAACGAGGUAGUUCAGUUUCUAACACAUUCUCAUCGCGAGGACGUGACCUAUAGAGCAAUGACUGUGUAUCGCGUAUUCUUGAUGCAAGGAUUGGGAGGAUUUAAAACUGAAGUCAGGGCAAGUGAUAAGCAACUAAUAAGUGGAAGUGUUGCACAGACCACUCGAGGUGCUGCUACAGAGUUGAUUGUGCCACAGAAUGGUCUUCUGGAUGCAGCUGCUGCUGGAGUUGGGGAUCCAACUGUGGCGCAGAAUGUUCCUCUGGAUGCUGCUGUUGCUGGAGGUUAAAAUCCUGUUGGGUUACAUACUUAGAGUAGUAGCAGCCGCAACCGAUGAGGCGGGCUGUAGGCGAUGAGAUUAAUUGGGUGAGCAAUGGAAUAGGUGGUUGCAAGCUAUGAUGUAUGAUGUCCUAAAUAUAGAAUGUGAGAGUACUACCGCAUGCAAUCCUAGAUUAGCUGCAAUGCAUGUUACUCGGGAUGCUGAUCAACAACUUGUACACAACUUGCUUCCUUUUUUGCUUUAGUAGUUCUCAUGCAUGAACUACUAUAGCUUUUCUUUUCAGACGAAUAUACCAGUGUUACAUAGCCAGUCGGACUGUUAAAAUCGAUACCCGCACACAAUUUCGAAUUGAAUCAUGCAAGAAAACGCUUAUGUUGAACCACUCAUGUCGUGACCUAAUUAUGUCGUGUCGUACUAGCCUUCAAGCGACGCGACCCGAUGGAUAUAAGGUUUUUGCGUCUGAUCUGCUCAUGUCAUGCUUGAUAACAAUUUCGAUAUUUGAAUUUCUAGUUUUGUAUAAUUUGAAUUACAAUGAACGUUAUGCGGAGGGUUGAAAAAGUUUUAUAUAUAUAUAUAUAUAUAUAUAUAUAUAUUAAGGUUUUAAGACAAUGUCGUGUAAUUAAAAUUCUCCCCAUAUUUCAAGGGCUUGGCAGUACGACUAUUUGUUUGAUUUACGUAAAUCUAGGCCAUCUUCUAAUCAAUAAGUGCUAUUUCU